CUCGUUUUUGAGGCAUGAACGCCGAGUCGUGCGUUUCAUACAGCGAUAUGACAUCCAUGGAUUCAUAUUAUAGCUCCUCUGCAGCGCCAGGUAGGGAUCAUCACCACCACACGGACCACUUUAGGACAUUCCCAGCCUCUGACACCAAAUACAGCCCCACUGCCUUCCUGCCCAACAAAGGUCAGGCGUACGGAGAAAAGCCCCGGAGCCCCUUCCAGCAGCAGCAGCAGCAGCAACAGCAGCAGCAGCAGGAGUGCCAGUCAUUGGAUGCCGCCGCAGCUGGGCAAGGCACUUUCAGUAAAUACCACCUCUUCAUGCAGAGGUCUUCUUGCAAAACACCCCCCGAGGACAGCAAACUGCACCAAGGAGCGCUCAUCUCGUGCUAUGGUGAGUAGAGAAAACAACUUUUGAGAGAAAUAUGACUGAGGAAGAGUCCGAGAUUUGGUUUGUUUGACUUUUUAUCAAAGUGGAGAAGUUUCCACGGAGAUACCAGCGCUGCUCUAACUUCUUACAUUUCAGUCAGUCAUGAACUCACCGCUUGAUUCCAUAAAAUCCGCUGAUGGAGGCCAAGUGGUUGGGAAAUUCUGAUCAGUAAAGAUGCGUAAAAUUGCCACUUUGGCGACGUUGACGCACCAAAACCGAACCCAGAGAUUCAAAGUCUCAUUGAAAUGUUUUUUUUUUUUUCACUUUUAUCUUUUUUCUCUCGCUCCCUCGGAGUCUAAAACGCUUAGUCUUCCCAGGUCACCCUAGCUCGUACCGACGUGAAGCCGCAGUGAUGUGCGUAACGUGGUUAGGAAGAGCCAUAAUCUUCUCGACUAUCAAAUUGUCCCUUUGGCCAUCAAAAUUAAAUUAGGCUACAUUUAAUGCGAUAAUCUGCAUUACAAUCCUUAAUAUCGGAGCUGAGUCGGACAAUUGAAUUAGCAGGUUUUCAGAUGGUGCAUACAGUAAGCUCCAAACUGAUAUAUUUUCAUUUCAUUGCGCUCCCUGAUUGGCUCCAAUUAGUUUCAAUUGCGUAGGGCAGCGCUGUAAUGAGGGAAUGAUGAGGGGGGAAAUAAAACUUUGACCCUGGUCGGGCAGGUGGCCACUUUAAAGGGGGUUUUAAAACGUUUACCUCCAAACUCAACACUCACAGAGCUGCGACAGAAAGAGGAGAAUCAGAGGUGAGAGAUGCUUUUAGUGAAUUAAAACACAAACAAACUGAACUGAAGUGUCUUUAACUGCGCGCAGGAAACACACGGAUGUCUUAAUUUCUCUACGUUCAAAUUUAGACCUGAUGUUCAACUCAGGGCCAAAGCUAAAAAGGACAAUUACACAGACAGAGACCCUCAUUAGAACAAUGAAGAAACAAUAACACGGUUUUAGAGUGUUUUUGGUGUUUUAGUUUCUGUCAUGAGGAGGAAAAAAUACUGAUCUUAAAUUUAAUUCAUUUAGCAAAACAAAUAAAAAAAUAUUCCUCUUUUUAAUUAUGAAGAUUUGGAAAUUUGCUUUGCACAAAUAUUUCCCUUAAGUUAUCUGCAAGAUAGACUCAUCCCGGGUUUGAAUGAAGUCACAAAGCCUAUAAGGCAUUUUUUUCCUUCUUUCUAUCCCUCUAUUUCUCCCUCGUUUUUACAGCCAAUGAGUUUAAAACUCAUUCCGGGUCCCAUAAACAAUCCAGGAGAAAACGUUUGAUCGAUUUAAUCAAAUUAAAAGAGAAAAAUAAAUGAUUUUGAUCGAUUUUUGGGCAAUGGGAGUACAAAAGUGUUGAUGUAAAUAGUAAUAAGUAUUUAAUUGAAAUGGGAGAAACGUUAAACGUCUCCAGGCUUUUACGCACGAAGCCUUGACGCAUCUGUCUGUGCUUGUCUCUCUCAGAUUUACGCUGAAAUGUUUUUCGGAAACACUUUUACAGUUUUAGAUAAUCGGUUUGCAGGAAUAAAAACGUUCUGGCCUCCAAAAAACCAAGAAGACAAAAAAUAAUAUUAAAAGAAAAUCUGGUUGUUAAGUUUUUAUGAGCCACCAUCCCUGAAGGAGAUCCUGUAAAUCAGAGUUUAUUUUUAUGUUACGAUUUAUCAAAUAAUCACACGAGAAACCCAAACGAAUAAAACAAUCCAAAAUCCCUCUUUUCAGCUUACACCAAAACUAGAAUUUUUAGCUCUAAAUUUACGCUCCACUUGGAGAAGAAUAUUGGAAAAUCCAGAAGUGCCAAAAAUGUCAUGAUACAGGACUUUCAGAAUAAAGUCCGGUUGUCAGGAUAACCAUGACAACAAAGAGCCUUGAGGAUUGUGACCGGAUUCAUGGUGAAGAGGCAGGAAAAAACAUCUCUGCGUUUAGACAAGAGCAGCUCUGCAUUAAUCUGACUCAGAUGUCAGCCUCUCUGUUGGCCUUUAUUCCCCCCACUCAGAGUCACUCUGCUAUCUGAGACAUUCACCUCCAACAGCAGAGAGAGAGGGACUCUGUUUAUAAAGAAAAAUACCACCUUAUUCUUGAGGAUACAGAGUUAAGCUGUUUGAAAACUUUGAUAAUGAAAUGGAAAUUCCUGGAGGCUGGGGGCCGUUUUUCUUUCUUUAUGGUUUUGACUUUUGGCAUGUUAAAGUUCACCAUCUUUGUACUUCUGCAGUAAGUAUGCUGAACUCACCAGCUGAGCAGAAAUAUGGUAAAUGAUUCCUCAUGUGUGUUUUUUUAGAGUCUUUGCUGUAUUUUACUUCCUGCCUCACCUCCUCUUUGAACCUGUAUUCCACACGGAUUAUCUUGAAUAAUCAGAGAACAACUUUGUGGUUUGAUGCAGUCAGUCUAAAGCGAAGCGAUGACUGCUCAUAUAGCUGCCAACUACAACUGAGGUAGAGUUGAAUAAAAAAAAUCACUUCAAUGCAAGUGAAACUAUUUAGAGAUGCCUCUCAAGUUAUCAUCUGAAUAAAAGCAGUUAACUCUAAAAACAUGGAGAACUUUCAGCUCAGGAAUCAGGUAAUUGAAGAAUAGAGUAUUUGUUCAAGUUGCACAAGUAUAACAUUCGAAAACUCAAUGAAAAUUUACAGUAAUUUACCUAAAAGUCAGUCUUAAAUAUAACCUUCCUUAUCAAACUGUCAAUGGUAUUCUCGAUAAAAUGAUCAGGGCCCAUGGGGAUGUCUACAUCAGUCCCUCCUGGUCUUUGUGAUCCUCCAGAGACCUCCCCCCCUCUCUUUCUCGUUUGAUGUGUCCGUGUCUUCUCUCUGUGUCUGAGGGGUGCUGACCUUUAGCUCGGCUUCCUGCCCUUGUCUGUUUGGAGAGCAGGCCGAGCCUCCCCGCAUGCACACAGCAGAGAAAAUCCAUUGGAAACCCCCUAUUUAAAACUCAUGUCAAAGCAGAGCACUGUGCAACAUUUGGGAUCCAGUUUUACACGGUAAACAUCCGACGGACACUGAGACAAAAGCUGGUUCUCUUGUUAAAUCGUAGGCCUAAUUAUGGUGGGAUUUUGCCUUUUGACGCUUUUUCUUUUUGUCUUGAACAGCAGAUGGUUUUAUAGAGUAAUAAAAGUUUGUAAAAGUAAGACUGCUGGUGUAAUUUGAACACUUUAAAAGCUGUACUUAGGGCCAAUCCAAACCAUAAUUUAUCUUUUGGCUCUGCAGCUCUGCAUGUGUGAAUCUUUCGUACCCUGCAGAGGCAUUUUAAGAGAGUUACCCCUGACAAAUUCAGUGGGAGAUCACCAGUUUAUGAGUUUUGUCACUGCCAUCUACUGCCGUUUUGUCUCUAAACCAGCACAGCCAUUUCAGCCUCUUAUAAUGGUCUUCUGUACUGAUUGGUUGGAGCAGGGAGUAAUGGGAACCAGCCACACAAACCCAGACAAGCGAGGUACACUUCAGCCCCUCAGUGACAUGAGUGAAGGUGACAAGGACUCGGGAUCAUUUUACCUUUUAGCUUCAAGUUUGGCGGAGCAAUUUACAUUAGGCUCAGUUUGCAUGGUGGAGUGAGAGCAGUAGGGCAAACAGGCUCAGACAGCCCAGGACUCGACUUUGGUCUUUUUGUCACCGCGUCAUGUAAACUGAAUAAAGAAACAAGCGUGUGGGACAGCUGCAGGACGGCAGAGAAAUCCAGAUUCUUUCCAGCUUGAUUCUCGCUUUUCUAACCUCACUUAAUGUCAGUUUGAUUUCAAUUUCUACACUAAUUUCUCUCAUUGCAAAAUAAAAACACUUUGGUGUCAAAGAAGAACCGGUCAUUACUCCACAUCUUUUUUAAUCUUAAUGAGACAUUUGUUUAGUUUGAACAUGUUUUGAAAUGUAAAACAGUCAGAGUUUCACAGCAAUUAUUGUGUCUUAAUUUUGUAUUUGUAUUAUAAUGCCCAGGAUACUAACAAGAUUAUGUAAUAUCUAAUUUAAAGAGAUUUAAAUAUUUAUUACAUGACAUUAUUAAGUGUACCAGCGACAAUGGAUGCUGGUCAACUCACCCCCUUUAAAGAAAAACUGCAGAGAGAACCGAUACAUAAGCUAGGCUAUAGUUUUUUGUGGACACGCCCAAGUCUGCCACAUUAAUUUAGCAAAUUUCAAGACACAAUUUAUCAAAAAUGUGUCUCUGUGUAAGUGUACGCUCUCCUAAGGUAUUUUUGGUAACACUUUACUUGACGCCUAUCUAUAUAACACAUUAAAAACAUAUGUAUAAUGCGUUAUAAUCACGUUAUAGCACUGUAUAACUAUAGUAAUAAACACUCAUAAAUGAUCAUAAUGAUUUAUAGCAAUAAUCAUAACACAUUAUAAAGGAUUUUAUCAUGACUUACAAGGUCAGGUAUUAUAAUGUGUUAUAACUGUUAACAACUCACUGACAAUGCCCACAUAGAUAAUGCAUUAUACAUAUAUUCAUGAUGUGUUAUCAUUUGCUUAUAAACUCAUUAAUUAUCAUAAGGCUUUAUAUCAAUAAGCAUAACACAUUAUAAUACCUGACCUUGUAAGCUAUGAUAAAAUCCUUUAUAAUGUGUUAUGAUUAUUGCUAUAAAACAUUAUGAUCAUUAAUGAGUGUUUAUAACUAUAGUUAUACAGUGUUAUAAUGUGAUUAUAACACAUUAUACAUACAUUUAUAACGCGUUAUAGAGAUAGGCAUCAAGUAAAGUGUUACCAUAUUUUUUAAUCCUUUUGCCAACUCUUUUGUUUUUUGCACCGUUUGCAGACAGUUAUCUUUGCUCCUGCCUGCAGUUUGCUGAUCAGCUAAUCGGGCAAUGAUGCACGGGUCAGAUUACUUAAAUGAGUUGUAAUUCACCAGGGUUGUUUGCCUCAAUAUCUUUAGAGUUCAUACCUGCUAUAUUUUAUAAGUGGGAAAAUAAUUCGAAGAUAAUAACCAUUUCAAACUAACAUGCAGGUGAAUCUACGGUUGUAUUUGCCCUGUCAGUAAUUCAUUCUGCAUCAUAUGAAUCUGACGGAUGAGGAUAACGAUAAGUAUGGACUGCAUUCUCACGACAGGGUUUUUGGGGACAUUUAUAAGAAUUUUUUGUUUCCAAAACUCUGAUUUCUCGCCUCCUGUGACGGUUGAAUUUAUCAGCGAAGUCACGAUCAUUUUAUACACAUGUAAAUAAAAAGAGCCGCAGCUAGUGUUCCUAUCCAAAUGUAAUGUUUCGAUGUUUAAGUCCAGCAGUGUGGAGUGUAAGAUAACGCAUGCUGUGUUUUUCUGUAACAUGUGAGGGGAACAUUUGGAGGAGAGCUGGAGGGAGGCAGAGAGUCGCAGAGGGGGAGACAGAGUGUGUGAGAGGUGAUUUAUCAGUCACAGACUUUAUGGAUUCUUUCUUUUCACAGUCUGUGAAUUUUGUCCUGCCUGCUGCGAUGGUUCUUCGCUCUGCUCAGUCAGCAGAGUAGAAUUUCAAAGUCAAACGGCUACCUAUCACGUGGUCACGAAAACACAUUAUAUGUAGGAAAAAAUUGAAUGUGCUGAUCUGUGAGAUGGAUAAGCUGUCUCCAAAUCACAGCAGCACAGCAGUGACUUGACAUGCACUAUGAGUAUUAUGAGUGUGUGUAGAUAAUGUGUGUAUUGUCUCAAAAUAUGGUGGUGAAAACACCUGAGGUUAAAUUUUCAAGAAUAGAGUCAGAGAAACUACAUCUUCAUCAGCGGCGAAAAAGUAUCUAAGUUCUUCAUUUCAGGUGGCAGUAAAGUCUAUUUUUCCUUACAACAGUGAGUUGAAUGUAACAGAUUAAACAGGGCUAAUUUUGUAACAUAAUCUGUCGUUCUCCUCAGUUUAUAGGACUUCAUAAUGAGUUUCAGCGAAAUGAUUUUCACCCUGAAACUUUUCUGUUUUGCUUCACUACUGCAGUUCUCGUAACGCCAUCACACCACACGCUCGGCACCUCAAAGCAGACAGAAAAAAACUGCUCGGUGGGCGAGUUGGUGGUGACCAAAAACAGAGUUAAAACCGUAGACUGUAUAAUUACUGGAUGUAGUGUCAGUGACGUCUACAUCCAAUUGUGACGCCAAUCAGUGGGGUCACCAUUUUGGAAAUACUGAGUCAACCUAACAUGCAGUCAACCUACCAGAGGCGGGCUUUUAGCCGACCUACGAAUGGAUACAGCGUGCCCACCUGCCAGCCAACUCAGCUGUGUUUCUGUUUUGCUCAUUUUGUAAUCUGAAUAGCUUUUUAAAAAAAAACUCACUCCCCCGUACUGAUGGUGUCGUGGAAGUCUUUACGAACCAGGCUGCAAACGCGUUUAUUUCUGCUCUAAAAAACGGCUUUUGGGGGUUCAGUUUGCGCUCUAGGAUCUGCACUUUUAGCGUUUCUGCACUGGCUUCACUUCUCAAGACCGAAGGUUGCUGCUCGGUGAAAAAAGAGAGACAAUUGAAUGUCAUGAAGACUCCAAAUAGACAGGUCGGGUGCCCCUUAAAGCUCCUACGAGGUGUAUUUAUCUGGUUAUAAAACAAACUAAAAUCGACACUGUCUCUGAGCUACACAAGAAAACAAAGCCGUCACCAACAAGGACAACUAUUUUAAUGUAAAAAUGUUUUAUGGCUUUAUGAUUUUAUACAUAAUUAAAUAUUUUAAAUGCUGAAGGGUGGCCACUAAAAGUUAGGUGAGGCGUUUUCAAGCACACGGCUGAAAUCAAAGGGUCUUCAUGCCGAGAUCAUUGCGAGAUUCACAUCAGACACAGUCAAUAAAGAAGAAUAAAAUCUUCGUCAACAAACACAUUCAUGUGCAGAGAGAAGUCUUUCACCUUGUCCACAGGGGUCACCAAAAGCAAUAUAAUCACUGCGCUAUGUUACUUAAACAUCUGCUUGAACCAUCCCAAAUGGCAAAAAAAUAUCAACAAUCCCAACAUUAAAGGAGGUUCAACUAAAGAGGCAAUGUGACAAACGAAAUUAUGUGCAACUGAAUUACUUAUGUGUUUGCUGAAAAUAUAAUCGAAGCUGUGUCGUACAGAAAAUGUAUUGAAAGUACCAAAAGUUUAAGCACUAUACUUAUUUGGCAUAAUGGACCCUGCAUGUCACUAUGUGUUUUACUUCAUCGGCCAAAUUAUGAAGGUGUAUGGUAAUGGAGAAGGAGGUAAGAGAAAGCUACCUUUAACUUCUUGACAGGCCAGUUUUAUUUAUAUAAGAAAUAAUCAGCUUGAAUUAAUUCAUCACAUGCAUUUUAACAGUAAGUACAGCUGUCGAUACUUUAGAGAAAUAUUUUCAUUUGAGGAAAUUUAAAGUCGUAUAAAAAUACAGAAAACAGAAGUAAACACUGUGCCAAACUAUCCUUUGUGUCUUUGUUAUGGUAGAUGUAAUUAAUUACUCGCUAACACAGGUCUUCAGCUGGCGAUUUAUUUCCCAUCAUAAACAACUUUUUAUAACAUAAAUCAUAUCAGCUGUACGUUUGAUUCAGCCUGUCUCUGUGCUCUCAGCUAAAUCACACCGAAGACUUAUCAACUGUCCAAAUCUUUGUUUUUCAUCCAAAUCUGUAUUUUGAGGGCCGUCAAAACAAUCCCCUAAACUUUUUGUCUCAAUAAAUACUUCGCGAAGUACGCUUUCUCUUUUCUUUAACAAUCUUUCCCUGCUGUUUGUUUCCGAUAUUUCUGUUGCAGUUUGUGCAACAUGUUGUUAAUCUCCCGAGUUACCAUGUGGAGUGUAAUUUAUAGUGUUUCCCCUUAACACCGUGAGCUGACCCCUGUCCUCCCAGUCAAUAAAGAAGCAGGGAAGGUGCCCUGUCGCUUUACAGCCAGUUAAAUUACACUUUGAAGUCGCCCCCUCGUUUUCAACUGUGAACUAAUAGCUGUCCAUGCUGAAUCUCUGACCUUCACCAACGUCAUUUUGGCGCUUAUUUCCACAUGGGAAGAGCCUCAAUAAAUCAAAAGCAAGGCGUGGUGGAGGGCCUUGAAUCACUCAUUAUUUUCAUUUUGAUGUCAAUGCCAGCAGUGACAUACUGCACUGUAAAAAGAGUUAUAAACUUUUGUUGCUAGCGUGUGAAAAUGUAGAUUUUUGUGCAAACUUGUGUGUUUUUCAGCAGAAGAUGAGGGGAAAAUAUCCGCAGGAGCACAAGUGUAAAUGACUGCUCAGCUUGUUGUGAAGCACUGUGAAGAACUUUCUCCGUGACUGCAACACUCACAGUGUGCACAGAAACAGGAACAGAUGCUUACUCCUGGAUCCACAGCAAUGAAAAUAGAACAUUUUGCGGUUGCCAUGAAGAAAAAAACAAAAACAUUUUGCAUGGUGUUUUUAUCUGGGAUGAAAAAGAGAACUCUUAGAAGUGAUUUUGUUGGGACAUGAUCUAUUUUAGCAGUGUUACUGUUGUAAAAAAAUGUGGGCGUAUGCAAAACUGGUCUUAUUUAUGACAAUAACUGACAAGAGGGUGAAGGACUUUUUUUCCCCCUCAUACACAUGGCACCCUGCAGGAGAGCUCACUGCUGUUCACCUUGGGCAGCUUCAGUAGAGACAGUACAGAUACAGGAGAUUGUCACAAUAUCCCGGCCCUUGUUCCAAAAAAACAUUAGUGACAUGUGAUCUAAACAACAGCCUUUGAUCAGGGAGAGGCCUCAUGGUUUCAAACGGCCUGACAACCCUCGCCCGGUGGGGACUGCGGGCGCACGCCAAGGAACGGUGAUGAGGUAUACAGAGAGUGUUUACGCUGAGAUUAAAUCAAAUUCCUCCGAUCAAACUUUAAUGUACAUCUUUGUCAGGGACAGUGGGGUGAUGCUGUGGGCGCUACGUUACCAGUGAUAAUAUCACUAAAACAUGGCUCCUCAGCUUGAGUCUAUAACCAACCCAGAAUUCCCUUUAAGACAAGUUUUACUAUCUUAGAUUGUAGUCAGAUUGCAGCAACUUUUGUAGGCAAUAGGCUUCAUCAUCCACAACUCUGUUUAACAUUUCUCCAGCUGAAGUAAGCCCAGGGGUAACUUCUAUACCUGGACAUAAAGCCUUGAAUUUAAAUUGAAUUUUUAAAAGAUUAAAUUUGACAUUUUUUCAUGUUCAGAGAGAAAUUUUAUAUCGUAAAAUAAUGUAACAAUGCAUUUUAGUUCAAAAUACUGUUAUCUGAUUUUUCUGCCACUAGAGUAGAGUUGGGCGAUAUGGCCUCAAAUCAAUAUCACAAUAUAUUGAGCAGUUCACCUCCGAUAACGAUGGACGACUCCACAAGCUGCUCACCCCCUCCCACAUUAACUUUGUCCACUUUAGCUGCUGCAACUUUUGAACCGUCCUCCAUCUCCUCACCUGUCUUUCCCUCUUUGUUACGGACUGGAUGUGGUGGAGUCACGUCUCCAAUGGAAGCCAUAGCCUACCUACAAACAUUCAAAACCAGCUUUUAUUUAUUAAUUUUUUUGACACAGAAUAAACCGAUAUGGGCAAAAUGACGCUAGUUAUUGUCGUAAAUUUCGGUAUCGGUAAAUUUCCCGUUUAUCGACCAGCCCUAGCUCUGAGUGUCUUCAAAGAAAGUACAGCUAUUUCUUUCCCGCUACAUUCCCAUCCAUUCAGCUAUUUUGGUUGAGUCUCAGCUUCACUGUAAUUGUGAGUCACAUUGAAGAUUCAAUCUGGCUCACUUGAGCAGAAUAAACCAGAAAAAGUAUUUAAUUUCCGAUAAACUUAAAUCAAAGGGUCUUGGGGUUGUCAGAGUAACAAAACUAAGAUGCAUAUUUUAGUUUAUUUUAUCGCCCAGCCCUACCCUUGAGGCAUUUUAUGCGCAAUUAAGCACAAUUUAGAAAUUGUAGAUAGCAUGUCUUGUUAAAAAUUUGGAAUUUUUACUAUAAAAAAUGAAAGUCGGAGCCUAAAACCUGCACUGAAUGUGAUGAUAUUACUACACUAAUUUUAUAAAACAUAGAGUCACUGCACAUCGACACCAUCCCUGGUCACAUAAUGACUAAAAAGUCAAUCAAAAUAUGAGCGUCACAGGAUUCUGACUCUAUAAAUGUCCACAUAUUUUUAUCAGCAGUAGGAUUAAAAACUGUCACAGUAUCUGCAAAACUGUAAAAAUCAACACUUAGUGCAUGUGUCUCCCAGAGAGACGGUGAAGUCAUCUAUAUAGAGGAGCUGUCUGUCCACCUCACCUUGCAGCGCACUUCCUAACAUGGCUAUGAGCUACGGGUCACCGAGUGUGUGUUUGUGUGAGAUCUUCUGUGCUGACUGAGUACUGAGAAUUGUCACAGGGCUCAGAUGUACACACACCUCCUGGUUCAAACUUGACAAAUGGUUGGAUGCGCAGAUGAAAAUAACUUCACCUCAGAUGGUGCUUGAGGAGCAGGAGGGUGCAGUGCUGGGAGUCACCACUAGACUGAGCCAGAGAUGGGAGAUUUACAGGCCUCGUUAAGCUGCCUGAGACCCAAAGUUUAUGGCUAUUACAUCCUCAACAAUGCGAGUGUGUAUUCGCCCGAUGAUAUGUAAAUAAACUGGACUUUUCAGUGAGGGGCAGACAGAGUUGCCAGCUUAGAUGCGAUCACUGGCAGAGACACGGUGGAGAUUUGUGAUUUAUGAGAGAGCUGUCUGAGGUUUCACAGUUCAGAAACGAGUGUGUGUGUGUGUGUGUGUGUCUGUGCAUGUGUGACAGAGGGUGAAAGAGAGAGUAAAAGAUGUGUCUGUCUAGAAAUGACUCCCCUGUGGAAUAAUUGUGGCAGUCUUGCUGCCAGGUGACUUUGCAGCCACAUGAUAGAUUUAACCACAUUAAAGAGUGAUAAACAGCGAAGGAGGAGGGUGUAAUGUGCAGUAAAAUAACUGCAACUUCCUGCCAGAUUUCAAAUGAUUGCCAGAGUUUGAGUUUCCCAGCACAUUGUCGAAUGAUCUACAGUAUGAACUACAACUGGAUCAUGUGAGUAGCAGUGAUGGGCCGUAUAUUACACUGGCAGAUAGACAAACAAAUUGACACAUAUUCAACACCACACACCAAGGGAUUUCACAACUUUUCCUCACAAAGGGCAAGAAAUGACUUUGUUCCACCCUAUCAGAGCUAAUAAAUUAUUCUCCUCCUUCAAGUUCAGGAUUUAUAGCUGAAGUAGUGACUUAAUAAUAAAGUUAAGUUGAAUGGAGGCUUGAUAAACAUGUUUUGGAUCUUUGCUUUCUAAAAGUAGACAAAAAAAAGAGAGAAUAUCUUCUACUUUAAUCAUAAAUCCUCUCUAAGCACCGCUGUACCAACUCAAUGUGGAUUUAUAUCUUUUGUAGCGUUUCUCUUAAGAUUUUUACUGGCAUGUGGAAAAGAUUGUUGCCAAUAAUUUUGAAGGAGACUCCAAAAUCAGACAGCAGGGAAUCUGAGAAAUCUUUGUCUUAGCAGCUUUUUCAGCUUUGUGCUUUCACAUCUCGCUCCUGUGAAGAAUUUACACCUCAUUGAGAUUUCAAAGAAUAAUAAUGCAACCUUUCGAACAUUAAUUCAACUUGACACCUGGCAUAUUCUGAAAACACACACUUCAAGGAUAAAAAAAACAGGUGGCAUAAAAAAGGCCUCUUUUCCAUCUAGACUAGUAGAUAGUGGUAUGAAACGUAGUUGCCAAAUGAGCAUUUUUGGCCGUUAAUAAAUGAAAACAGAAUCAAGCUGUUGUCAAAUAUUAAAAAUAAAUAUUUAGUUGAAUUACUUUUGUCAAGAUUGUAUGGGAAAUGUGUUAAUUUGUCUCCGUAAGUUGUUUACAUCAAAAGUUAUUCUACUCCUAUUUCGAUUUUUUGAGUUCGGGUUAAAAAUGAAGCCUGUCAAACAUUAAUUCAGUUUGGUACCCGGUAUAUUCUGAAAAAACACUAUUCAAGGAUUAAAAAAAAACAAAAAACAGGUGGCAUAAAAAAGCCGGGGGUGCGGGUGGAUCCCCUUUUCCAUCUAGACUUGAUGCAUCAUUGUAUUUUUUACACCCUUGAGUUUUUGAUUUUUAAAACCAAACCUUUAUUAUCAGUCCAUCCUUUGUCACAACACCCUAUCAAAUUCAAUCACAAAAUUCCAACAGAAAAAAAACAGGACAUGAUCAUCUGAGCGAAAGACGACAACAGAAAAGACUCAAAACUUCAGGACCGGUGAGUCCUCCUGGACUGAACACAAAACCUCAUUUACAGCCCAGGUCUUCACAAAACCUCUGUUUGGUCAGUCAGCCUAUAAAAAAAACAAGCUGCCAGCAUCUCUGUUAACAUACGUACCAUGUCCCGUGACCCCUCACCCUGUUAUUUAUUUUCGGGUGACCAAUUUUGAUAAGCCCAAGACGUGAUUUACAAGGGUGUGAGUUUCCUUCUUAUUUGCAGAGUAGCGUGGCCCUUAGAUGUAGAGAAAGAAAAGUGCUCCCCUAACCCCUGAAAUCAGCCCUGUACACUGACCGAGUCAAAGAGCAGUCAUGUGACCAUGUCUUUGCGGUCAUCUUUAGUUAGGGGGUUACCUGAUUCCAAUCUUUACAUCCAGAUCAAGUUAAAAAACCUAAACCUCCCGACUGUUUCCAUCUGCCUCCUGUUUCUGCAGGUAAAGACAGCUCAGGUCUAACAGACUCUGACUUGGCCCCGGACUCUGACCCACCUGGAAUGGAUCCCAGCUACCUGUCUGUGAAGGAUCAGGGCGUAAAAGCCGCCUCUGACAGACCACCAGGCACAGACCUGUCCAGCCCUCUGGACAAGAGCGAUGGCAGCGAAAGUAACAAGGGCAAGAAGAGACGCAACCGCACGACUUUCACCAGCUAUCAACUGGAGGAGCUGGAGAAGGUUUUCCAGAAGACGCACUAUCCUGACGUGUACGCUCGGGAGCAGCUGGCACUGAGGACCGACCUGACAGAAGCUCGUGUGCAGGUACUCCUUACAACUGUGUCCACAGCUAAGUAAACAGAAAUCAGCUGAUAUGACAUAAACGAGGAGACAAAGAUAUAACAGACUGAGGUCAUAUUAUAUAACUCAGAGAAUUCAUGCAACAACAACAUGCCUGUCUUAUCAGGAAGUGAAUAACAGCAUUUGUCACUGCAGAAGACAAUGUUAAAACAACACAACCUCAUGGAUCCGUCAACAUCUGCAGCUCUGCAGAGAUAACGUCACUCACAGAACAACAUGAUUUAUCUGGUGAUGUGGGAGUUAAGGGGAGAGAGAGUGGGGGAGUGGGAGCUCACAGAGGCCAGGGGGCCCACGGGGCUGAGGUUUCUUAGCUGCCUGGGCCUCAUAUGUGCAGAUUGUAAGCGAGCAGACUUUCAUCCACAUACAAAGAGACGUUUUGCUCGGCUGUGUGUCUUCGGGAUGUGUCGGUGGUACCUGAGUUUUUAGGUUUCCUGAAUUUGUGAGUUCAGGUUUGAUGGUAUUAGUGGAGCCUGAGGCGGAAUCAUUACCCCUCAGGUGACCUUUUGACCUGAUUUACAUACAAUCUGCUCAGGACUGCUGUAACGCAUUCCAACACAAGUGAACAGAGAAAAAGACCUCCAACAAUUUCUCUACAUGUGUUUGAGCGUGUGUGAGUGUGUGUGUGAGCACCAUAGACGACCAAAGCCCCUGGCUUUUCUGUGUUUUUCUUUCAUUAACAUCCUGUUCAGACAAGAAUGUGUCCCUGCUGUGGCAUACAGGAGAGGUGUGAAACUCUUCCCAGGAGCUUUGAGCAACUAAGCAAUAUGAUAUUUGAAGCCAUAUGAGCACCGAGCAUAUGAGCAUUUUUCAGGUUGUGACCUCUCGAGUUUUUGUCAAAAUGAAGGCAAAGUUAUGAUAUCUGUGCUUCAUUUUUGUGGAGCGACAGUGCCGUAAAUAUUUGAAGAUAAGAGCGAGAUUAAAACCAAGCUUUUACAUGACAAGCUGGAGCAGUCAUCUGAAAAGCUCUGCUGCAGUGAAACACAGGAAGUCUGUGCAGCCGCAGGGUUAUAACUCAGCCCUGAGGCUCUGAGGGUGAGACGCUCUGCUCCUCACACUAUCACAGACCUGCCAGCUUCAGAUGGACGCAGCUUUACAGCCCUCAGCUCCCCCAGCGGCCCUCUUAAACACUCAAGUUAAAAAGAUAAAAGACACAAGAUGCCGAGUCGGGCAGAAGGCAGGGCUCUCUACUCUCCUCAGGCCUUUCACACGCAAACAGACUCGCAGCUCAUGAAAAUUCUGAGUCAGGAGAAAUUUACUACUGCCGAUAAACUAAAAAUCCCAUUUCUUUGACUUAAAGAAUAAAACUCUGAGGGCUGGGAUAUUACACCUCAUCAUCUGAUGGUGCUCACACUAAAGAAAACAAAGGGACCUUCCAGUCAAGAAAACCUUCAGGCCUGCCGUUGUUUGCUUUUUCAGGCUCAGGCUUUCAAAGGGAGAGAGUAAGUUCAGAUCCAAGUCAUAUGCACUACAGAUACAUGGGAAGGUCAAAGGUCAAGGGUCGGGGUUUCAACAACAUCACAUUUCUCAGAUUUACCAUUCUGCUGGAGCUCAGGGAGCUGAGAAGUCUCAGACAUGUGGAGUCCAGCAGACAAACACAGGUGUCUACAAGCUCAUAGAUCCAACGAAUUAAUGAAGAAAAGAGCGGAACAACAUGAGACUGAUCAAUGAGGCGGUGUCGGUCUGGAAAUAAUUAAAAAAACAUCUGAUGAGAGUGAGAAAGAAUUGUUUGGUUCUUCAGUUGUGUUUUUGUUUUGUUUGUGCGUAGAAGUAACUGCUUGUUUUGUCUGCUUUGACGUUGGUUUUUAUGCAAAUAUACGAUCGCUUAUUUACACCUGCUAUAAUGUUAGUUAUUAUUCAGUAAAGUAUGUAUUAUGUGCUCUGUAUUUCCAGCUGUCUAACCAGGGACAAGGACUGCAAAUUAGCCACAGCUAGAAGUCCUGCAUACAUAAAAUCGAUUGCUCUAAUUAGAUGCAAUAAUGUCUGAUUUACUGUCCCCGUCAAAUAAACAAAUUUUAAAAAGAAAGUAAAUUUUAGAUAGAAAUUUAAAUAAUAUAUUACAAUUAUACGUCUGGAUCCCAAAUUUAUUUCAUUUAAAUCAAAGUAUAGUGGAUGAAUCCAUCAGCUGAUGAUCGGUUACUUGUUUAAGUUGAUGCUGAGUAGUUUGGGUGGAUGAUUAUUUUACAACCAGUGUUAUAUUUUAUUGAUCCAGGAUGGAAUUUCAAGACCUUAACUUUGACAGAUUGUCCUUUCUGCUGUAAAUACAUAUUAGUUUUAAGUAUCAGUAAUCAGUCUCAAGAACUACUAAUAAUUAUUAUCUGUAUAAUAGAAAAACCAGCAUCAGUCAGCCUGUACUGAACAGUGCCCCUGGUUUGAGUUUAAUAUUUAAAGUGAUUUGCUGAGGAACAUCUGUUGUGUACAAAUCUUAGCUGAAGACAUAAAUUAAACAUCACUUUUGGACAUUUUACAAACUUAAUAUCUAAUUUAAUCAGUUUAAUCAAUUUAUAAAUGAACCAUUAGUUGAGUCCCCCCUCGGGUUAAAAGUUUUAUGUAUGUUAGUACAAAAUUAUAUGAGCUUUUAAAACUUGCAGUUAUUAGAUCCAUAUUUCCUCAGAAACUUCAAUGCACCAAACUAAUGGUCGUGAAAAGCAUCAUGUGCAUCUUCAUAUUUCUGAACUCUUCUUCUAAACUCAGCUUAAGGUGACUUCAGUAAAUAAAAAAUAAUGGGGUAACAAAUUCAGGGCAAAGAGAACAAACGUUCACUUAACAAACAUCAUAAUUGGUCAGGAUGUUUCCAUCAUAUUAGAGGAGAGUUUGGAGGGUGUUGGAAAACUGAAGCCAGGCUCAGCCCGGGAUUUCUUUGGACUCUGGAUUUGAGGCUGACAUGAGUGACAGCAGAGGCGGGUUAUCAAUCCUCUGCGCUAGACUCUCACUUCAAAGUGUUCACUUCAGCCCUGGACGGCUCUCCUGCUGCGGCCAGUUUGGCAUUUCUCUGCUCUCUCUGGGGCUGCAACAUAAAUAAAGCCUCAUUGAAAGUCCACCAGCUACUUAAGCUGUCAUGGUCUUUACCAAUUACUGUCACAAUGCCGUACGUGGAACACAAAAAUAUGUCCCCCCUGUAUAAUAGCCAACAGACUGAGCACUGAACGUGAUGCAGAGCUGCUGGUGAGAGACGCUGGAUUUCAAUCGUCUCAAACAAGUUUGGUUAUCAUAAAGAAACAUUAUUUUAGAGGAGCAGAGUCCUGUAUUGAGUCAUAGACCAGGAGUGAGACAGAGUAAUGGAAGAUGUUUAUGAACAUAUCAUGAGAGACGGAUUACCCCCUCUGCUCUGUGUGCUUCUUUAACUUUGAGAGGGACAGCGUCCUAAAGCCAGAAGCUAUAGCCUCAGGAAAUUAAAAAGGAAAAUGUAAACAAACUCAAGUUACAAUCCUAUCUCACUUUUCAGAUUCCCAUUUUGUCUCCGUAAGCUGUAUGAGAAAAAAAGUCCCAAAUGAAAUAUGAGGAAUCAUGUCUGAAAGGAAAAAGAGUCUGCAGCAAAUGUUGUGAGGUAAUCCUCCCCAAUUAGACAGAACGGAGAUUUAAACACAAACUCAUGAACCUGUACAUUGAGUUUGACAAAAAGCAUGUUAGGUCUGAGAUCCAUCAGAGACGAAUGGAUGUAAACGACAUUACAAACUGUGACGGGAAAUUCAAACACAAUAACGCCUUCAACAACAGGUCAGUUAGAUCAAGAUGUCAGAGAGGAUUACAGUGACGGGAAAAACACUCUGCCUUUGUCAGAAACAAAUAAGCAAAGGUAAGGGGCACCAGAACUUUGAAGGUUUGUGUAUAAAAAAGUGAAGGUUGUUGUCAACAGUUUACUUCCACUGGGUCUUAGUUGUGUUUGUACUUACACUUACACAGUCCUCAAUAUACUACAGAUAUGGGUCUGUUCAUUCGCUGGAAGCUUUUUGACAGCACUGCCUAAGAUCAUCUUAAAGGAAAGCUCUAAAAGGAUGUUGAUUGCAGCAAAGUAUUUCCUGUUAAAGGGUUUAGGUGUACACAUUCCUCCUGGGUCCUGGAUCAGCACUGGGUAGUUUGGUAAAAAGUAAAACCCGUCUCUUUUGAGAGACGAAAAACUCCUGCUGGUUUUGUGACAUUCAAGCGUUUUCUUUCUUCAGGUUUGGUUCCAGAACCGACGAGCAAAGUGGAGGAAACGAGAACGAUUUGGUCAGAUGCAACAGGUCCGAACACAUUUCUCCACGGCUUAUGAGCUGCCUCUUCUGACACGGCCUGAAAAUUACGCGCAGGUACAGAAUGAGCACUUUGAUACAGGUUUGACAUUAAAGGGAUAUUCCGGAGUAAAAUUAAGUCAGGGUCAAACACACCAUAACACCGAGUUAGACACCCCCUUGAGAGAUGAAUUUUGCCGACCUAUUGCUUCUCUGGUUAUACCAACUUUAGUAACAACCGCACGAUAGCAAUACAGAGAGCCAUGUGCUAGGAGACCCCCGGGUGAGUCCAUUAACUGCUGCGGGGUGACGCAGCUCAAGGAACAACAUUUAUGAUCAUUUCUUCAUGGAAAUGCAAUCAGACCGAGACGCUAAGGCAGAAGAACUACUGUGUCUGCAGUGCAAAAUGAUUAAUAUGGUGCCUCGAUGGACUCACCAAGAUGUCUCGCUACAAAGAAAUUAGUCGAAGUUGAAAGAUGUUUGGUGGCUAGCGCUAUGGCUGGGACCCUAUAUGUACUGUUGAUGAAGUUAGGUGCUGUUCUGAACAUUAUUUGUGUCUAUAGAGUGGCGUUUUGGUUGAGGUUUGUUUACGGCUCUUCAGACCGCUGUGUAUUGCUAUCCUGCAGUCGUUACUGAAGUUGGCAUAACUAGAGAAGCAAGCGGUCGGCAACAUACAUCUCUUUCAACAUCCAACAUUUAUUCGGGUUGUUUAACUCGGUGUUACCGUGUGUUUGACCCUAAAUUCAUCCUAUGCCGGAAUAUCCCUUUAAGAGGCCUAUUUACCCUGAUCCGUUUUUUCUACAUACAAUCCAACAAAGCCUUAACCAUAAAACAACCGUGCCGGUCUUUACCAAUGUUCAUUUCCAAUCACUAUUUCAGAUACAGAACCCCUCUUGGAUCGGUGGCAGCAGUGCAGCCUCUCCUGUGCCGGGCUGCGUUGUGCCCUGUGACACUGUUACUCCCUGUAUGACGCCUCAUCCCCACUCUGCCAGCGGGGUGUCCGAUUUUCUUGGCGUGCCGAGCCCUGGAGGUCACAUGGGACAGGCUCACAUGGGCAGCCUGUUUGGAGGAUCCCCUGGUAUGGCGACCAGCAUCAAUGCAUAUGAUCUUAACAUGGACCCUGACCGCAAGUCCUCUAGUAUUGCCGCUUUGCGCAUGAAGGCCAAAGAGCACAGUGCAGCUAUAUCUUGGGCCACAUGAUGUGUUGACACCUGCUGGAUAGGGGAGCGUUGUCCCCUAAGAUGUCGAUAUAAACCCAGUUUAGGGUGAGUGAGUGAGGGAGUGAGGGGGCACUACAGUAUAUAAAUGAUAAAAAAAAAAACUCUUUAAGCAACAGUGACUACCUUCAUAAAUGUUGCAAUAAACUAAUUAUGCAAACAUAUGGAUAGGUGAGGAGACAACAUUGAUUUGGUUAAGACGUGGCUAUGGCUGCAGAGGUAGGGUGAGCUUUGUGCAAAGCAUGAUGGGAGUUGAUGCUGUACUGUAUAACAUGAGUUGCAGUGUAGCACUGUAGUUAAGCAAAUGAACAUUUUUAAUAAUUGCAAAAAAUAUCCAUGCACUUAUUUGUUGAAAAAAAAAAAACAGGAUAUUCUGUUUGUACAGUGCUUCCAGUAUCAUUGAAUUCUCUGUUCAGGUGCUGUUUGUUCAUAUUUUAUUAUUUAAUUUUGAGUGUUUCUUUCUACCCCCCAACAGUAUUUUUAAUAACUGGUUUCAAAAUGAUAAGCAGAGCAGCAAACAUCCUUACUAUAAUUUACGGUUCAAAAAUCGGUGCCUUAUGUACAUAUUACUCUGUGGCACCUGUUAUCAGUGUGUAAUUUCAGUUACAGUGUUAUUAUGUCACAAAAACCUGUCAGCAUCGGGCAUAUCUGAUAUCUGUCACAUUAUGAAGCCUCUCAAAAUUCAACGAAAACAUAUCAGUAACUGAAAAAGUUUGAAGUGGUCCAACCUUCUAACAUUUACAAGUCAGAUAGAUGAAAUGCGGUUUGUUUAAGUGUGGUUUGGGCAAGAAAUCCACCUGCCACACUGACUCAGCCUGCUGACGGCCUGAGAGAGAGGAAGGGAUGGAGGAGGAAGUGGUGUGUGGGAGUACGAGAGGGGCGCAGCAGGCCUGCUGCUUUAAGGGCUGAAGAGCCUGGGAGCGCCAGCCUCAUAACAGAGCCAGCUCUGUUUCAGAGAGGACUGAGUCCAAGUGGACAUGACUGUGCCCCGUACCAUUUCCAGUCUCGGGGGUUUCAGGGAGAAGUGCCUACUAGUCAGUCAUUCUGCCAGGAAUAACACCAAAAGCAGCAGCAGCCACCAAUGAAACAAAGGGGCUGGUGGAGAUUACACAGUGAGUGUUGACACUCUGAGACACUGAAAGGAUGUCAGUGUUCAGCAGCCUUUUCUGGAUGUUAGGCUGCACUAGUGUAAGCAUGAUCACAUUUCUUUUUCUCUUUCUCUCAAUAUUUCUGCCAAAAACAAGAUGACAUACCUGAAAGCAGAGUCAUGUCAAACAUUUUUAACCAGGUCAGUUGGACCUGAAAGAAAGAAGUUCUUGAAAAAAUUCUAAGUGCCUCACAAACAUAUCUUCUCUUAUUUACUUCAAACAUACUUACCUUAGUGAUGACGCAUGACAACAUCAGGUUUCAAUUUGUGAGGGAACGAGAAAAGUCAAGAGGGUGUCUAUGCAAAUGAUGAAGGAAUCAGCACGGCCUCAUUAUCAAUGACAACCAGUGGGCAGCUGACCCAGGGCUCUUUACUCCCAAAUUUACAGUAAUUUCCUCAUUGAGUAAUUACUUUCCAAUUUGUUUGUGAAUUUACACCUCUGGUGUGCAGUAUUGACUUGGUAAAGCAGUGUUAUGUAAUCGUGUGAAGUUGCCUUAUGCAGUUGUAGUAGAUAAUGAAAGAGCCAUCAAGGGGCAGAUUUUUUUUUUACAGCUUGAGCAAAUGAUUUUUGAUGUUUACAAAACUAAUAUAAUGACUGACAAGAUCAAUUUACCUCCAACUUAAGGCAUGACAUCCAUGUUAGUGGUUGUACAAAGCUUCCAUAAUCAAUUCAGCAUGUUAUGAAUACAGAAACUAGGCUAACACAAACAAAAAAUCACUGUUAAUGCAAAUCCAAACUUCAUUGCCUUAUUAUUCCUCACUUGUAGCCACACAUCUCCAUCCUCUUUACUGUAUUGUAAAAUUCAUACAGAAUUCACCCUAGCCUCCACCUUUGGCCGAGCUAGCACCCUGCUUUUUUUAAUUUAGCUGUGUGUGUCGCUGAUCUCAUGAAGUCCCCUCCUUUCCACACGAAACACGCAAGAUUUCACACAUCCGCUCCUUAUAUUGAAACUGAUGGUGAUGACUUUGUACUGUCCUAAACAUCCAAUCAGAUUUGCACCAACCAAUCAAAGUGCACUAUGGCUCUGGUCUAAUGUCGACAUUGCUGGCUCCACCAGUAUAUAGUUACAUGCCAAGCUUUCCAUAGUUUGAAAUACAACGUCAAAUACCAAACUACUAAGUGCCAGCACUAUCCCAAAGUUUCAGUAAGCAGGUGAGGAGUAAGGAUGAAGGGAUACUGUAGUUAGCAGUAGUGUUACCUCCCCAUUGUUAACUUUAUUAAUAGUGUGAAAUAAAACCUAUUUUUAGAGUCUUAUGAAGGGUUAAAUUAGCUUGAAACAAGCCAGAAAUAAGCCAAUAUCCAUGGCCUUAAAUCAAAUAUUCAAAUAGUACGCUAACUUUUUUUUUUUUGCAGAGGCAGCUGCCUCCUCUCAAAUAGCACAUGUGAUUUUGCG